UUUUCCUUCCUGUUUGCCAUCUCGCAGGACUAUAUUUUCAAGUUCCAGCGAAACAAAACAAAUCAUGAUAGCAAUUACAUAUAAGGUGAUUAAAGUCUAUCCUCUUAAGUACCCGGAGAAGAAUAAAAAUUUCUCCUUCGCUCAGCAAACCAGAUGAUUCAAGUUCCUCCAGAGAUCGACGAAGAAGCACAUCGAGUUCGUUUACAUUUUUUGAUAAAGUCGUUCUGUGAGUGCUGACAUGGGCACGAUCACUGCCCCGUGGCGGUGACGUGGCGUCGUCCUUGCUAGCGUCGCUGUCAGUGACCAAAGGACCGAGAGGGGAGGAGAAAAGAAAAGAGAGAGCAGCACUGUUGAGUGAGCGAAGGCUAACUCCUGUGUUUGAGAGAGUGAGUGGAGAGUGCUUUCCUUGCUCCGUGUAAGUGUGGUGUUUAGUGUGGAGCUCCCAAGUGUGCGUGUGUGUGUGGGUGUCGUGUGUGUGCUUGGCUUGGCUUGGCUACUACUGCUUUGUUUUUGUGGCUUUCUUCUUUUGGGUGUUAGUGGACAAGUCAAGAGGGUCAGUCCUGACCAAUUCCUGCGGAGAAAUUUGCCGGUCGAGCCUUGGAGCUGGGUAAGCACUAGUUCUUAGCUACGAGGCACUUGGGCAGGGGGGUUAGAAGCAAACAAAGGAGGCUCUGGAGAUGGAGAGCGAAGAAUUGGCGAGAAAAGGGGCGGCCCAAGACAAGGGACAAGAAUGCAAGGAGGAUUCGGCAAGGCCAGUUUUUGGUGAGGCAUCAAAGGUGGAAAGCGCGGAGCGUAGAGAGAAUGAGUACUUUGUCGAGCAAGAUGCGGUUUUGCCGAUAGCACAGCCGACGAGUGAGCCGGGUUUGACAUGCUCGGGCCUAGACGCAGGUAUGGAGAUCGAGGAUUUCAUAAACGAGACUGUGGAGGAAGGCAAGUCGGACAAAGUAUCGGAGCAGCAGCUUGUCAAAUCCACUACAAUCAUAGAAAAAAGUUUGACAACAACACAGCCAUCGACAGCAACAACUCCAGGCAGUGAGAAUGUUACCGAGAAAGUAGCGGAAGUUGUCAUCAUAGACCAAGAUCAAGAAGUGGAAAAGUCGGAGGGGGGGAAACCUCAGGAAGGGCCGACUAAACUGGAGCAGUCUCAAACAAAAGUUGUGGAGGUGGCCGUAACUUUAACUGCUGGAGAGAACGAGGAAACAAUCGAUGGGGCUGCUCUCAAGAGUAUGCAACUCGAAGCUGGAGAUGGGAGUGACAAAGGUACUGCUACGCCGAACUCGACGAGUGGUCAGGAGAAGGAAACUGUCGAGGACGUUGGUGCUGCUCCAAAGGUGAAUGCAAAAGCUCCCAAAUCUUGCGUGGUCAACAUGGCUAGCGACGAUAACCGAGGAAAGAAGGAUGGUCAGAAAGGUGGAGCUAAGAGCAAUGGUCGUUCCAAGAAGAACCAGGCUGAUCAAACAGUUGUGGUAGUAGAAGGGGAGGCUCCUGCUACUGCUACUGCUGCAAAGCCUCCUGCAAAGAGAGGCCGUAAGCCAGGCAGCAAGCGAGCGGAGAAAGCAGCGCCUGAUAAUACAUCCAAGAGUCGUUCCUCGUCAGGAGAGCCAAAAGCACCUCCAGUUACCUUGGAUCUUACUACGCAGCCUUUCAGUGAUGCGCAGCAAGUGCAAUUGCGUGCUCAAAUCCUCGUCUAUGGCGCGAUCAUACAAGGCUCUGUGGCAGACGAAACUUUAAUGGGAGCUGCAUUCACGGACAUCUCCAAAGUAAGUAACCUUGAAUCGUUUGAAAGUCAAGCUGGCUCCUCCAGAUCGUUAUGGGAAAAGGCAUGGAAAACAGCAUCCGAGCGCAUGGUUAAAGCCGCUGGCAAAUUUGGAGGAAGAAACAGUCCACCGGCACCAAGGCCGCCACCUUCCAAUUUGAGUCCCACAAAUCUUCCAAAGUCUCCGUCGUCGAGGGGAAAGAAGAGUGGUGCUACUCCGCCGCCGGCGGUGACACCGCCCAGUACGUCCGAAUUUCCUUCGGUAUCUCCAGUGGCAACUUCCGUCAUGACAAUGGCUUCAGCAACGGUGGCUUCGUGGAACUCCGCGAGAGCUCGAGCACCUUCUCCAAUGGGAUCUGCAGUGGAUAGCUGGCUCUACCGGUCUAGCUUUCCAUUUGGUCAGCACCUCAACCUCUCGGCAAGCCCCGCCCCUCAACAGCCGCCAUCGCAGUGGGGGGUUCCUUCGCAGCUUUCGACACCUAUACGUGGAGGCUGGGGUGUUUUCUCUCAGGCCUCGUUUGGAUCACAGCCACCACCGUUCCCUCUGUUUUCUUCUCCGCAUCAAGCGAUGCCACCGCCAGCAGCGGUGGCGGCACUGGAAGCUGACAGAGGCAAAGGCACAGGGAAAAGAAAAAGGCUCGACGAUUCAGAAAGCACUCCAGCUCCUGCUUCUUCGUCACAGGUGAUUCCCAGCGACGUUUCUCCAGCCACCGCAGGACUUUUAGAAGGCAACGGUAACACGCUUGGUAUCAUGAGCCAAGAAGAACUGGACAGGUUGCGUGGCGAGGACUUGGUUCACCGUUUGGAGUCGGCGAAGAAGAAGGCGGAGGAGGCUGCCUCGGCUGCGUCGAGUAUGGUGGAGCAGAGCCAGACCGUGUGGGAUGAUAUCAAGGAGAAGCAACGCACUAAGAACAUGUCUACCAGGGAAGGGCAUCUUGCUUCUUCUCUGGCUGCUGUAAGUGCUGCUGCGUCGGUUGCCAAGGCUGCUGCGGCUGCUGCCAACGUUGCGUAUGCCGCUGCGUUGCAAGCUCGAGCCAUGGCAAAUGAGAUAGUCUUGUCGAGGAAGGAGGCAUCAAACUUCGACGACACAGACCCAACCGUAACUCACGUUACGCAGGGUGACGACAGGUCCGCCCAGCUCAAGUCUGCGAUCUCCGGCGCGAAGGUGGCGACGAAACAACACGUCGAGGCUACCGCUCUAGCAUUCACGAAGGCAGAGAAUUUGGAGGCUGUUGUGAGAGCUGCAGAGCUCGCUGCUCAGGCUGCUUCCCAGGCUGGGAAAGUCAUGUCGCUUGGAGAUCCGGUGUCACUGACAAGCAGCGAGAAAAAUGCAAAGCCGGGAGGUAGAGUGUCUGGGAAGAGGAAUACUCGAUCAAAGACAGCAGCAGCGAAGAAGAACAGGAGCAACGUUGAGGAGGAAGCUGUAGCAAAGGAGCAGAACGAAGAGAAUUCGGCCGAGGGGGAGGGAACUCAGGGGAACGAAACUGCGCCGGCGCCGAGAGGUGAUGAAGUUGCCGUGAGUAAUAAAACUGGAGCAGCACAGGGAGACGUUGUGGAUGCCGAGCCAUCAGAAGGCUUAGUCGAAGACAAGCAGCACAACAGGCCGGAAGAGAUCACAGUAGGCUCCCAUGUCGAGAUUGUUCCAGACGAGGAUGGGCUUCAAGGAGUAUGGUUCUCAGCCAAGGUUAAAACUCUGAAUGGUGAUGACGCUUUGGUUGUUUAUGACGAGCUUCUGGAUGAUGAUGGAAACGGCAAACUUGAAGAAUGGGUGAAUAUCACGAGUCGAAUCGACAAUGUUCCGCGUGUGAGGACGGCGCAUCCAAUGACCAAGGAUGGAGGCAUGCGCAAGAGGAGAAGGGCUUCGCAAGGAAGCCAGAAGUGUUAUGUUGGUGAUCACGUCGAUGUUUGGAUGCGGGACGGGUGGUGGGAAGGGGUUGUUCAAUCGGUGGACGAGAGCCUUGUCACAGUUUUCUUCCCAGGUGAUGGCGAUACUGAAGCUACCAAGUCUUGGAAUUUGAGGCCGUCUCUGGUGUGGAAAGACGAUGCAUGGGUACUUUGGCGGGAUACUUUGGGUCAGAAAAGCAAGAAACAGAAACUGGAGGAUGGUGGUGGCAAUCUGUCCUCUCAAGAACUGGAAACACCCGAGACCCCGACUGGCAAGAGAAAGAAACUUGAUUCCGCGACACCAACACCAGGAACAAGCGAAGCUCCUACUCCUACCAGACCUGCUGCAAGGGCCAAGCCUACUAAGAGAAGGAAAUUUUCCGACGUGAUCGAGAAGGACCAAGAGGCGAGGGACGCCUCCUUAGCGAAGCAGCAAACGACUCCACCGUCGUCGAGCAGAACUCCAAAACAGCAGCAGGGAAAGCUCAAGAAAUCGACACCAAGCAACAAGAAGAGCUCGCCACCACCGAAAAGGACAAGGCAAACGAGCAGCGCCAAAAGUAACGACGAGGGAGAGGUCCGAAAGUCCGGGAGGAUGAUACAUCCUACUUCCAAGCUAUUGGAAGGUUUAGAGACAACACCCAAACCAGCCAGCAAGAAAUCUGGGACGCAGCAAUCCGCUAGCUGAUGUACUUUUACCAAUCUCGUUUUCCUUGUUAACUACUUUUGCGUCCUGAAUUCUCUCUUCCACAGAUCGUCAUCCUUAGAGGAAUCUGUAUCUCCCUAGACUCGGCUUUGGCGUCUUGGCCGCGGCAAACAAAGCAAGAUCGAAAGGAGCUAAAGAAUUCUUUAAAGCGUUUGCACGCGUUAGCUGGAUCUUCUCGGUCGCUACGAUUGUCUCGAGGUAUCUCUUGUUUUGAUCAAGGAUACGGAAAGGAGCUUUGCAGAACGGGCACUUGGGAAUGCUAACCAGGCAAUGAAUUUGCGAGCAGCGGCUUAUGCCGGCCCCAUUUUUUUUAUGCAGUCGAAGCAAAAUUGGUGGCC